AUGCGAAAUUCCCCUCCAAAACUCCCGACCUGUGCGAGAAGCGUUCGAGCCCUAUCACCGAGAGCCCAAGCCACUUCGUUUCGCUCGCAGAGCCCUUCCCAUGCCCAUGCCCGGCGACAGCUGUCCAUGGACAUGAGUAGGGGCCGACACAACGAGCGGUCCAGACCAGUCUCACCUGUCAAUUCUGCCCGGCCCGCAUCCAACACUACAUCACGACGUUCCUCCCCAGCGACGGGUCCAGAGCACGGUGGUUUUGUGUCCCGCAAAAGCCGCAGCCGAUCUCCCAUGCGCCCUUCGCCUCCGCAUCGGUCCUCGGGACUCGCAGGACCUCCUCCUUACCGAGAUCGCGAUUCGACGCAAACCCUGGAAGCUACGCCCUUUGGAAGGGGACAAGGAAAACUGAAUCAACCUGAAGGCGAAUCCUCGGAGCCCGUUCAAUCCCGAUUUGGAGGCUAUGUCCCAACGCAGCCAAGAAAUACAGGCAAUCACCAGUCUCCACCGUCAGGUCCCUCCCAAGGACCUAGGGCGAUGCCUUCACAUCCCCGAGGCUCUCAUAAUAUGAACUUUUUAUCGGCGCCAACACGUCCGCGUCGUGGCCCCGCUGCUCGAGACGGGCCGUGGCCCGGUGCUCCCAUGACUCGUCGCGGGCCACCUACGACUGCACCGCACACCCCUUCCGGUCCUCGGGCUUCCUUCACGCCUCCGAUGCCUGGCGGGAAUUUCCGUCAUUCAGGAUCCCGACAGAAUAGCACUGCCCCCGUGGUUUCCUCUCCCGUGAUCAAACCUCCGAACCACUUGGCGGGACUCUGUACCUUGAUGCCAGGUGGCAGGACACUAACAUCGGUCUUGGAAGUCGCAACGGAGAAGCGCCUAUCCCAACUUGAGUCAGAUCAGGAGAAACUUCUUGAGCAACUGGCCGAGUCCCAAAAAUUGAAACGAGCUGGACUUCGUGACUGGGAUCGAUUGGAUCAUGAAAGCUCUAUUUGUGCACUCAAAAGCGAACUAGCCGAGGGACAUUUACAACGUAUGGCAGAUGAGACGAUCGGAGGAGGAAUUCCAUUCUAA